UUGGCAGCUGUGAUGUCUGAAGGAGACACGGAUGGAGUGGUGUCCCUGCAGGAAGUGCUAGAGGAGGACCAACACUUGGAGGACACUGCCAAUGCUGUACUAGGGGACUCUGAUGACACACAAUGCACAUACCCAAAGGGCUAUGUGUACCGGCAGGCUCUGUAUGCGUGUGAUACAUGCACCCCUGAGGGCGUACCUCCAGCUGGCGUGUGUCUGGCCUGCAGUCUGGGUUGCCACGAGGGCCACACACUUCACGAGCUCUACACUAAGAGGCAUUUCCGCUGUGAUUGUGGGAACGGUAAAUUCAGCAAUUUCAAGUGCUCAAUAUGCCCGGAGAAAGAGGGAGAGAAUGUGAAGAAUAAGUACAAUCAGAACUUUAGUGGACUCUACUGCACCUGUCAUCGGCCGUACCCUGACCCUGAGGAUGAGGUGGAGGAUGAUAUGAUACAGUGCUGUGUCUGCGAGGAUUGGUUCCAUUCCAGACACCUCACUGGAGAGACUCCCACCUCAUUCUCUGAGAUGUCAUGUGAUACCUGUAUGAAGUCACAUGACUUCCUAUCAACGUACCAACUCCGUACAAACCCUGUGACAAUAACCAAAGAAGAAAAUGGAGCAGCAGUAAAUGUGACUGACACACCUCCAACAACUACAUGUGAAACUGGUACCUCUUCUGCUGCUGAGACUAAAAGUGAUAGCUUCAAAUCAGAUGACAAAGACGGUACCGGUAUAAACGUUUGUGAAUUGGUACGGAGACGGAGGUUGCUAAGCAACUGUGAGGGCGGUGACAGGAAGACAGAAGCUGGUUUCUUUGAGGAGAACUGGAGAAGUCAAUUGUGCACUUGUGAUUCAUGUAAGGAGAUGUACUCUCGUGAGGAUGUGUUGUUCUUACUGGACGAAGGGGACAGUGUGGGGGCGUACGAGAAGAGGGGUGUGGUCAGACUCAGUUCCCAUGAUGCUGGGAUGGAGGCACUAGGCAGCACACUGGAUAGAGUGCAGCAGGGGGAGGUCUUUCAUCAGUACAAUGAACUCAAGACUGAGUUGUCCGACUUCCUCAGAGACUUUGCACGGCAAGGACAGGUGGUGUCCAAGAGAGACAUAGAGGGAUUCUUCGAGGAGAUGCAGGCGAGGAAGAGACAGCGACUGGACACAGGGGAGGGAGUACCACCAGCACAGUGUCACUACUGAGGACUGUAUGUACAGACAAUAAUAAUUAUGAAUUGCUCUGUAAUUUCAUUCGCACUUUAUAUAAUUAAUAAGCUUCACUGUAUUUAACUACAGUUUGCAUACCCAUGGAUUAGUUUUCAAUCACUA